GAGGGAAAAUAUCUUGGUCGUCAUUGUUGUUCUAUUGUUGCUAUUGGAUUCCACAUUCUAUGUUGCUUGUUGGUCUCAAUAAUAUGGUUGAUGGAUUACCUACUAAUCUAGGAUGUAUUUAUACACAUGUUAGACCUUGUGCUUAUGUAGAUUGAGUUUGGAUUUUGCCAAAAGAAUAUUAGUAAGAUAAGGUAGAGAUGAUGUGGUAUCUAGUUGGCUUUGGCAUUUAGUGACAACUUUGUUGUGUUAUAACUUAUAUGUAAGAAAGACAAUCUCUAUAUAAUAAAAUAAAUAGGUGGUCUUUUCCUUAGGGUAUUUUCCAAAUACAUGGGUGAGAAUGGCGUGAUCCAUUUACCUUUACACAUGUGUAACAUUAGCCACAUAGGUGAUGCUUGGUUGGGCUAUUUUGCACUAGGAAAAAAUAUUUGAUGGUAGUAUUCACCAAUGUUAACUUCAGUUUAGUUAAGUUGUGCAAUAAUCAGUUGAAAGAGUCACAUGAUCCCCGUUGUUAGAAAUUUAGGCACAUUUAGUAGCAUAUUAAUCUAGAAAAUUGAUACUAAAUAAUUGGUGUCAAUAGAAAGGUGCACAUGUGAUUUGAAUAUAAUGAAUAUGAACAAAAUAAAUAGUAACAUAGUUUUCAGCCCUAACACCUUUAUGAACACAAAUCUUUACUUGAACUUUGUUCUUUAAGUCUUAGUUUUUUCAAGGUAAUAGUUUAAUUAAAGGUUCUUAGAUGUUUGUUGCAUUCAGAUGGUAGCCACCGUUGUUAUGGUUGAAAGGGAAAUGUGCCUUUGGGCAAUUUCUAUUAUGUUUUGGUGAUUAAGUGUCCAACACAUUUAAAUAAGCUCUCAUGUGCUAAACAAAGAGAGAAGUGAUAAUCAAGGCAAAGGUAUGGUUCUAGACUUAGUACAUUGGUUUUUCUGUGUACUAAUAUAUUUGUCUAAGUGCUAGAAUCAGAGAAAAGAGAGCAAGAAAAGGACUUGGCUGGAACAACCAAGACUCGGCUCGGUCUGGCACACCGGACUGUCCGAUGGUGCACCAGAUAGUGUUCGGUGCGCCAGGCUAGACUCCAGCGAACAGGACACUCUCGGGAAACUUUGGCGGCAUACGGCUAUUAUUCACCAGACUGUCCGGUGGUGCACCAGACUGUCCAGUGAGCCAACGGCCGCCAGCGCAACGGUCGGCCGCGCAAUCUGCAGGCGACGAGUGGCUCAUGCCAACGGUCGGCUGGGGGCACCGGACUGUCCGGUGUGCACCGGACAGUGUCCGGUGCGGCAACCAGCCCGGAGUUGCAACGGUCGACUACGCCCGAAAAGGAAACAGAUCCGCACCGGACCGUCUACAGUGGAUGUCCGGUGGUGCACCGGACUGUCCGGUGCGCCACCCGACAGAUGGCAAGGAUAGCCUUCCUUGUUGGCUUCCAACGGCUCCUAGCUGCCUUGGGGCUAUAAAGAGGACCCCUAGGCGCAUGGAGGAGUCACCCAAGCAUACUUUGAGCAUUCUAAGUCUUCCACACUCCGUCUCCGCGCACUUGAUCAACCGUGUUAGUGAUUUGAGCUCCAUUCUUGUAGUGAACUCGUUGUGCUUCAUUUUGAGCUCAAGUCUUGGCUUGCGUGCGUGUGUAUUGCUGCGAAUUUGUGUGUGUUGCUUCCCACCCUUACUCUUGUGCUUUCACCGUGAUCUUUAUUGUAAGGGCGAGAGACUCCAACUUGUGGAGAUUCCUCGCGAAUGGGAAAAGAGAUAAGCAAAGAAUACCGUGGUAUUCAAGUUGAUCAUUUGAUCACUUGAAAGGGGCUGAGUGCAACCCUCGUCCAUUGGGACGCCCCAACGUGGAGUAGGCAAGUGUUAUACUUGGCCGAACCACGGGAUAAACUCGUGUGUCUUUUGUGAUUGUUUUUUUGUGAUACUUUUGUUAGCAAGAGCUCGCUACUUAGCCAUACUAACACUUAACCAAGUUUUGUGGCUAUUAGUUGUUGAAUUUUAUAGGAUCACCUAUUCACCCCCCCUCUAGGUGCUCUCAAUUGGUAUCAGUGUCGUACUCUUCACGAAAGGGACUAAUCGCCCGGAGAGAUGGAUCCUAAGGGAAAGGGGAUGGUGGUCAACGACAAGGAGUCCUUCCUCAACGAGCCCAAAGACGACAAGCCCACGAACUUUGGCUCGAGUCACAAGAAGAAGGACGGGAAGAAGAAGAGGCGCAUCAAGAAGAUCGUCUACUACGAAAGCGACGAAUCUUCUUCUUCACCAAGAGACGACGACGACGAGAAAAAGAAACCGGUUAAUUCAAAUUUUUCAUUUGAUUAUUCUCGUAUGCCUUUCAAUUCCAAUGCUCAUUUGCUUUCAAUUCCUCUUGGUAAACCUCCACACUUUGAUGGAGAGGACUACUCUUUUUGGAGUCACAAAAUGCGUAGUCACUUAUUUUCUCUCCAUCCUAGUAUUUGGGAGAUAGUUGAAAGUCGAAUGCAAUUUGAUAGUAACGAUAACCCUGUAUUUAUCAAUGAGCAAAUUCAUAAGAAUGCACAAGCUAGCACUAUUUUGCUAGCAUCCUUGUGCAGGGACGAGUACAACAAGGUGAGCGGCUUGGACAACGCCAAGCAAAUAUGGGAUACCCUCAAGAUUUCUCAUGAGGGUAAUGAUGCCACCAUGAUAACCAAGAUGGAGUUGGUGGAAGGCGAGCUGGGAAGGUUCGCCAUGAUCAGGGGAGAGGAGCCAACUCAAACAUACAACCGGCUCAAGACCCUGGUCAACAAGAUUAGGAGUUAUGGAAGCACGAGAUGGACGGACCACGACGUCGUCCGACUUAUGCUAAGGUCAUUCACGGUAAUAGACCCUCAUCUUGUUAACCUUAUUCGUGAGAAUCCCAGGUACACCAAGAUGACACCCGAAGAGAUCCUUGGAAAAUUUGUGAGCGGGCGUAUGAUGGUGAAGGAGGCGUGAUAUGUGGACGACGCUCUAAACGGUCCACUCCCCGUCCACGAGCCUCAAACUAUUGCCCUCAAGGCAACCAACAGCAGGGAGGCACUACCAAGCAAGGUGGCACAAGUUGAGGCGGCCGGGCUAAACGAAGAUGAGAUGGCUCUCAUCAUCAAGCGCUUCAAGACCGCAUUAAAAGGACGCAAGGAGUACCCCAACAAGAAUAAAGCAAGGGGAAAGUGCUCCUGCUUCAAAUGCGGUAAGUCUGGUCACUUUAUAGCAAAUUGUCUCGAUAAUACUAGUGACCAGGAACAAGGAAAGGGCGGGAAGAAGGAGAAGAAAAAGAGCUAUAGGAAGGCAAAGGGCGAGGCACACAUCGAAAAGGAAUGGGACUCGGACUGCUCUUCUUCCGACUCCGACGACGAAGGACUCGCUGCCUCAGCCUUCAACAAGUCCUCUCUAUUCCCCAACGAACGCCACACCUGCCUCAUGGCAAAGGACAAAAAGGUAAGCGUUCGAGAAACCUUUAAGUAUACUACUUCAAGCGAUGAUGAUUCUAGUGAUGAUGAAGUAGAUUACUCUAGUCUAUUUAAAGGAUUAGAUAGAGCUAAAGUAGAAAAGAUUAAUGAACUAACCGAUGCUUUAAAUGAAAAAGAUAGACUUUUAGAGAAGCAAGA